GGCUCUCUGAGCACGAUGUCCGCAGCUCCCGCCAGCAACGGGGUGUUUGUCGUCAUCCCGCCCAGCAACGCCAGCGGCCUCCGCCCACCUCCACCCCUUCUGCCCGCCGCCAUGUGCCAGCCUCCCGGGAUGAUGCAGUUUGAGGAGCCACCGCUGGGGGCGCAGACGCCGAGGGCCACUCAGCCGCCGGACCCGCGGCCCAUGGAGACAUUCCUGACCGGGGAGCCCAAAGCUCUAGGGACCGUCCAGAUCCUCAUCGGCCUCAUCCACCUGGGCUUCGGCAGCGUGCUGCUCAUGGUCCGCCGCGGCCACGUGGGGAUGCUCUUCAUCGAGGGCGGCGUCCCCUUCUGGGGAGGAGCCUGCUUCAUCAUCUCUGGGUCCCUCUCAGUGGCAGCCGAGAAGAACCACAUCAGCUGCCUGGUGAGAAGCAGCCUGGGGACCAACAUCCUCAGUGCCAUGGCGGCCUUUGCCGGGACGGCCAUUCUGCUCAUGGAUUUUGGUGUCACUAGCUGGGAUGUGGGCAGAGGCUACCUGGCCGUGCUUACUAUCUUCACCGUCCUAGAGUUCUUCAUCGCAGUCGUCGUCACCCACUUUGGGUGCCAAGCCACCCACGCUCAGGCCAACGAGCCCGUCGUUUUCCUGCCGAACGCCUUCAGCACAGACUUCAACAUCCCCAGCCCGGCAGCCUCUCCACCCCCUGCCUAUGACAAUGUGGCAUAUAUGGCCAAGGAGUCGUCCGAGUAGAUGGUCACUCUAGCCCCCUGGAGUCCAGCCUUUCCCCUCUGGGCCCAGCCUCUCCCCACCCCCAUCUUGAUAAUGGAGGGCAGCCUGCCACGCCCCCCCCCAAUCCUCACGUAUUGUGGCACACGAGUGAGGUGUUCCCCGGGGACGUCUGUCCCGCCCAAUUCUUGCAGUGGUUUCUGUCCUAAAAGAGAUAGUUGAUGUCAGGGGUGUGUGUCCCUCAGCUCCCUGGCCCCGUCACCCCUCUGGAUAUGCCCCUGUGUGCUGCUCUGCAUUUCUCUCUGCUCACUUGGGGAAACCCUGGACCACUGAGAGACGGGUUUGAGGGCUACCCUGACCCUCAGGCCUUGGGAAGGUCAUUAAGCUCAGAAAGCCCAGAAUCUCCAGAAGGGAGUACUGAGUCCAAAUGCUGAGGCCACACAGUCGGCAGUGGCCUGACCUUGGGUGUUUGGGCUCCAGGACCAACUCUGUCCUUUGUAAUCUGCUGCCACAUCAUUGGGCUCCAAUUUUCCCACCUGGAAACUAAAGUGUUGAACUAGAUGACAUAUAAGGGCCUUCCAGCUCCCCUGGGCUCCUUUGAAGUCCUGGGUCUAAGUCAGGUGUUGUCCCCCCACUGCCUCCAGAAAUGCUCAUUUUCCUUAUCUGUAAAAUGGUUGGUAUUGACUCCAGCCCUUCCCAGCUCCCAGGGUUGGGGAGGUUGCAGGGGAGGGCAGAAGCCAGCGCAGUGCACCUCGGUCAAUACCCACAGGUGCACAGCUAUGGUGGCCCCUCCUCCAGGAGGCUCAGGUGCCCCCUGUGCCUUUCAGCACCCCCUCCCACUCCCCCAGCCUGAGGAGCAAGGCUGGCCCUGAAGGUUACCAUGAGCUGGGCUGGGUCUCCAGGCCAAGGAGACACCUCCCCCUGAUAUUCAGAGACCCUGGCAGGUGGCUCGUCUCGACCACACCACAGAGGGAAAUAAACAGCGUG